AUGGCCCGGCGGCAGUUCUGCUUAAGUAAAUGCACAAAUUUUCAUAAAAAUUACAAUAAAUUGUUUGCUGUUUAUAUGAAAACGGCAAAUCUAAUGCAAAACUUUAACGUGCUCAAGCGUUCGCUAUAA